AUGGUCGCCGUGAAGCUGCUGUUGCUGGCAGUGGGCGCCACGUUUGGGGCCGCCCAGCCCACCAGCAACACCACGACUGGCAGCAACGGCACGGCGUCGUUGGAGCCACUGCUCGGCGUUGUUGACAGCGGCUUUUCACGAUUCAACACCAGCAUCUACAAUGAGGGAUUCAACCUCAGCGGCGACUGCAGGCGCGUGUGGGUGCCUGGCAAUGGCACCUCAAACCGCACCGCAAGACCCUUUUUCGGCGCGUACAACAGGACGGCGGGCUCCUCCUUCCGCGGCGGUGGCGAUGAGCAGAACAGCGCCCCCCGCGCCCGGGGCUUUUUCCGUGGCGACCAGCAGCAACGCGAUCUGCAAGGCAGCCGGGGUGGUGAUGGCGCGCAGGGCGCGACACUAGGUGGCCAAGCGACCACGCCAGGCGCGGCUCCAAGCAUCAGCCUACAAGACAGCUUGUCACCACCCCCGCAAGGCACCCCUGCUGACACAGCCCCGAACCGCCGGCUCAGUCGCCGCAUGCUGCAAGCAGGUUCGCCCCUGCCCCUGCCGCCGCCACAGCAGGGCGGCAGCGGUGGCAACGGGGCGGUGGGUCUCCCAGGUGGCGCCUGGCUGGGUCGCGCAAGGAGGCGUGUCAACGGAACUCGGGGCCAGCGACAAUUCGCAGGCGGCCACUGGGAAAUCCAGUGCGCCAACGGCUCUGUUUUCAGGGGCUUCUUUGGCAACGGCACCUUCGCACCACGCCGCAGACCACCAGGGUUUGGAAGCCAGCCCGGCGUCGUGACCAGCAGCGGCGCCACCCCCGGUGUUGGCAGCAUCCCGGCAGGCAGCUACCCCGUAGGGACCGGAACUGUCGCAGGCAGUGACUACAGUGGCGGCACCAGCAGCGGUUACACGAGCAGCGGCGGUGAUUACAGUGAUUACGGCGACACCGGUGGUGCGUACAGCGGGGGCAGCGACUAUGGAUACGGCAGCGAUUAUGGAGGGGUUUACGAUGGGGCCAACAACGGCGGCAACAGCGGCGGUUACACGAGUGGGCAGCCCCCUAUCCCUCUCCCUUCAGAUGGAAACUUUACAUAUGAAAACGCUACGGGCGGCCAGCAGUUGCCUGGUACUGGGGCUGACAACGUCACGAGCCAGCAGAACUCAACCGCAUCCAACAGCACGGCCGUGCCGCUGCCAGCAAGCCCCGGCUACAGCAAUGGAACAGACACGCUGCCCGUGCAGCCACCACCUGACAGCCCAGGGGUUGGCAACGCAAGCAAUCCGGUGCCAACAGAGACCGGCGCGGGGAACGGCACCACUACGCAGCCGCAGCCGCAGCUGCAGUCGAACAAUACCAGUGUGCCCACACCCGUAGACGCAGCAGGCAACAGCUCAGCGGCAUCAUCGGCCGUCGCAGGCAGCAACAGCACUGUCCCAGCUGGCGCCACCACCAGGGACCCAAUGGCGGCGCUACUGUAUGGAAUCGCUCGCACGCAGGACAAUGGCACUGAGGUCGUGCCCCUGCAGCCGCCGGCGCAGCAGCCAAACAGCACUGCGCUGGAACCAACGCCACAGCCUCAGCCGCAGGACAACUCUAUCACAACGCCGCCGCCCGCCCAAGCCACCCUAUUGCCCGCCGCUGUCAACUUCACUGCGGAGCCGGUUGUGUCACCAGAACCUAGCCAGACCCCAAUCCGGCUGUCUGGCCCGCCAGCCUCGUCGCCGCCUCCAGAGGCAUCGCCGCAGUCGCUCUCGUCAGCUCUGCAAGUGGCGCCUCAGCAGCCUUCGGCUCAGACGACGCCAGAGCCGACAGCGCCGCCUACAGCGCAGCCGGCGCCACAGCCGACGCAGCAGGCAGAGCAGAGGCAAGCGGGUGCCACGAAUACGACAUUUUUGCCUGUGGCAGCAUCCGUGCAGCCCCAGGAUGUGUCUGCACCAGUGAUCGUGUCUGCGCCAGCAGGGGUACCCCUGCCUCCUGUGCAGCCAGCAGCCAACCAGGCCCCUGCAGCAAACCCGGCGCCAAUUGUCAUCAACACCGGCUCGGCAGCACCCGCCAACACCACGAGCGUGCAGCAGGCAGCUGGCGGGCAGGCAGAGCAGCCAGCAGCAGCUGGGCAGCCGCCACAGUCCACGAGCGUCGCGCCGUCGCCAGUGGCGUCGCCGCUGCCUCCUCAGGGCGCCGCGGCUGCGACCCCCACGUCGCAGCAGCAAGCGCCUCCUGUCAGCCCCGCUCAGGUGCAGCCGACGCCUGCGGGCGUAAGCGUCGCCCCAGAACAAGCACAGCAAACUGUUGGCAGUGCUCCACUUGUGGCCCCGGCCGUGGCCUCAACACCUGCGAGCGCUUUGUCGCCGACUUCUGUGGCGUCGCAGCCCUCGGCAACCAUCACGCCGCAGCCAGUUGUUGCGGCUGCUACUCCCCCAGCCUCUUCGCCCUCGCCUACAGCCGCCCCGCCAGCCUCGCAGGCUCCCGCCGCGCAGCAGCCUCCCCAGCAGGGCCAGCAGGCUGCUGAUUCGGCCGUGUCUGCUGCGGCUGCCGCGCAGCAGGCUGCCGUCAAAGCCGCGGCUGACAAAAGUGCUGCGGAUGCCGCCCAGGCUGCGGCACAAGUGGCUGAGCAGCAAGCUCUUGCUAACAAGGCAGCGGGUGACAAGGCCGCCGCAGACAAGGCGGCCGCAGAUGCAGCUGCUGCCGGGGCUGCCAAGCAAGCUGCUGAGCAGCAGGCAGCUGUUGCACUGGCGGCUGCCAACAAGGCAGCUGCGGAUAAGGCGACUGCAGAUAAGGCAGCUGCCGACAAGGCUGCAGCAGAUGCGGCUGCUGCCGCGGCUGCGAAGCAAGCGACUGAGCAGCAAGCGGCUGAGCAGCAGGCGGCUGCGGACAAGGCAGCUGCGGACAAGGCUGCAGCUGAUAAAGCUGCUGCAGAUCGAGCGGCUGCAGAACAGGCAGCCGCAGCCCAGGCUGCAACUGCGAAGGCAGCUGCAGAUGCGGCGGCCGCAGAGGCAGCAAAGCAGGCUGCCCAGCAGCAGGCCGCAGCUGAGCAACAAGCAGCGGCCCAGAAGGCAGCCGCUGAUGCUGCGGCAGCCGAGGCCGCCCGCCAGCAGGCGGCUGCGCAACAAGCAGCGGCUCAGACGGCAGCUGCCGAUGCGGCAGCUGCCGAGGCUGCUCGCCAGCAGGCGGCUGCGCAACAAGCAGCGGCUCAGAAGGCAGCUGCCGAUGCUGCGGCAGCCGAGGCCGCCCGCCAGCAGGCGGCUGCGCAACAAGCAGCGGCUCAGAAGGCAGCUGCCGACGCGGCGGCUGCCGAGGCUGCCCGCCAGCAGGCAGCUGCGCAACAAGCAGCGGCCCAGCAGGCAGCUGCUGAUGCUGCGGCUGCCGAGGCUGCCCGCCAGCAGGCGGCCGCGCAACAAGCAGCGGCCCAGAAGGCAGCUGCUGACGCUGCGGCUGCCGAGGCUGCCCGCCAACAGGCAGCUGCGCAACAAGCAGCGGCCCAGAAGGCAGCUGCUGACGCCGCCGCCGCCGCGGCUGCAACUGCUGCUCAGCAAGCAGCCCAGCAACAGGCCGCCGCGCAGGCAAAGCCUUAG